AUGAAUGUCUUCCGACUUGCCGCCGAUAUGUCCCACUUGGUGGCAAUAUUGAUAUUGCUAGGAAAGAUGUGGAAGAGCCGGUCUGUCUCUGGUAUCUCAGCCAGAUCGCAAAUUUUAUUCGCUGUGGUUUUCGCGGCUAGAUAUUUGGAUUUGUUCACCACUUACAUCUCUGCUUACAACACUAUAAUGAAGAUCUUUUUCCUGGCAUCCUCUUUCGGAACUCUGUAUCUUAUGCUUGUGAAGUUCAAAGGAACAUACGAAAGAGAAAGUGAUACGUUCCGCAUCGAGUUUUUACUCAUUCCUUGUGCUAUACUUGCUCUUGUUAUUAACCAUGAGUUUACGCUGAUGGAAAUUUUGUGGACUUUCAGUAUUUACUUGGAAGCCGUGGCUAUUAUGCCUCAGUUGUUCAUGCUCCAAUCGACUGGCUCAGCUGAAACGAUCACAGCUCAUUAUCUCUUUGCUCUUGGAUCAUACCGUGGAUUAUACAUUUUUAAUUGGAUCUACAGAUACCACACGGAAUACUUCUUUGACCCCAUUGCCACCGUGGCCGGAGUUGUUCAAACAGUCCUAUAUGGAGAUUUCUUCUAUCUGUAUGUGACCCGAGUUGUUCAGAAAAGAGCCGCUAUGGAACUCCCGAUCUAA